AUGGGAUCGUGCACAUCCUCGGGCGAGUGCGGUACACUACAGACUUUCAACAUAAGCGCAGAGGCAGCUUCUCAGUGGCUGUAUACUCCUGCGGACCGUGUCAUCAUGCCUAUCGUCAUUCCCAUCAUUUGCCUUCUUGGGAUCCUGACCAAUUCCACUUUUCUCUUUGUCUUGUUCCGGGUUCCUCAACUGAGGUCGGAUACCAACGUCUACCUGGCCCACUUGGCAGUGGCCGAUGUACUCUAUCUGUGCAUGACGACGGCAAUCUACGUUUGGCUUUUUGCAUCAUCUCCCGUCGCCUUUGACUUUCCUUUUGAGAACUCUGCCAGCUGCGUCAGUUUCAUUCUGGUUUUAAACACUGGCUACUUUACGGCCAUUGCUGCAGUGACGGCCGUCUCAUAUGAGAGAUACCUGGCCCUGUGUCACCCCAUUAAGCACCGUCAAAUCCGUACUCGAGUGCGGACCUACAAAAUGACCGGGCUCUGCUGGCUGCUUGGGCUGUUGUUUGCCUCUUCGACGGUGCCCCACUCAGCUCGGCUGAUUCUACAAAAGUUCCAGUGGCCUGACGAUGAUGAGUAUCAGGAUUUUCCGUCCUUGGUAACUCGCUGUGAUGCGGUGUCCUCGUGGGUUAGAUACGCCGUCCCGCCAUUCCAAAACUUUCCCUGGCUCAUCACCAUGGCGGCCAAUGUUUAUAUGUACAUCCAAAUUGUACGACAGUUGAACAAUCGCAGGAGUAAAAACAGCACCAUGGAGAGAGCUCAGAAAGCUCUGCUCCUUCGGAACCAGGUGGCCAAGAUGUUGGUCGUCAACGGUGUCAUUUUCUUCAUGUGCCAAGUCCCGUACCGCAUCCUCAGUUUCUCUGAGUGGAUCUGCUUGAUUGGCCACAUCCCCGAUCCUUUACUGAUUACGCUUGGCAGUGGCGCUCGAUGGAUUUCCACUCUGCCGCAGUUGAUCAACGCUUUCAUCAAUCCGUUGGUCUACGGCGUAAUGAGUGAGCAGUACCGAGUUGCUUUGGCUCAGGUGUUUGGAUGCAAGGGUCGAGCCAGGCAGAACAACAGCGCGCAUCCUCCAUUUGUAAUCAGUGCCCCGGGGAACAAGAACUCCUCCACGGAUAAUGCGACCACCAGCGACACCAAUGAAACACAACUUUGAAGACUGAGCCCUAUUUACAUGUAAGUUCUAAGACUUCUAAAUGUAUAGGGCGAAUGGAAAAGGCGUUGUGACCA